UAGAUUCUAGUUUAAUCUAGAUCUAGAUCUAUCCGUCAACGCAGACGAUUAACAAAUUAAAGCAGCACAGAUUAUAAUAUUAACACUAAACUUUCAAAAAUGGAGAGCAGCACUGAACCAAACAUUGCAACUCAGACGGUAGAAAACCGCAAGUUAAUGUUGAGAUUAAUUGCACUGGAGGACAAAGCAAGCUCAAGUUUUUGUAAGAUUGAGAAGAAAAUGAAAAAGUUGAAAACCAAUCUGCAAAAAGUCACAGGCACUGUUGAGGACUUACUCAAGCAGGGAGAGCUGGGGACUAAGCAGUUAACGGAAAACAUGGAGCAACAAUUCCUGAUUGUCAAAACCCACUUUAGAGAGGUUGUAGCCUAUCAUUCUGCUCUGGAAUCCGAAGUUCAACAUUUGAAAACCAUGCCACCGGCUGUUAAUAUUAGAUAUAAUGAAUCCGACAAUUCAGACAAAAUUGAUGAAAUUAGUAAAAAAUUGUCAGAUUUAGAGGUAGAAAACUCCAGUCUCAGACUCCGAAUAGAUGAGUUGAGUGAACAGUUACAAGAACAGCUCAAGUCAGCUGGGGGUUUUACAGAGCAGGAGUUCUUUAUUCAAGAGUUUGAACAUUUUAAGAGCAAGAUGGAAAAAUUGCAAAGAAAUAAAGAAAAGAUGAACGAGAAAAUAAAAUCUUGUGAUGGAAAAAUAAGAAAGCUAACCAUGAAUCAAAACAAAUUCAUGAAAGAAAUGCAAGAAAAUUUGUGCACAAGAAAAAAACAGUCUCUAGACUCCAGUAGGCUUACACUGGAUGUGAAGGAGGAAUUGGAAAAAAGAAUAGUUUCUUUAGAAGAUGAGAAAACUAAAGUACGAAUGUUGAUGAAAAAAACUGAGGAGGUUAACCAGAAAGUGGACAGUAUUUAUGCCAAUGGUUUGUCAACAAGCAAUGAGAAUUCAAAAAACUUGGAACAAGAUACUUUACAAAAACAAAUGAAAGAAUUAGACAAAAAAGUUGUGGAGCUUCAGCUGGAUUUUCUCAAGGGAAAGUACGUCUGGAGCAAGGUAAAGCUGGAUGAAGAAUCAAUUCCCACGUCUGCUGAUGUUUUUUCUGCCAUCACAGAUGUCAGCGUCAAGUAUGAAAUCAUGCUUGCCAUGCUUGUAAAAUGGCUGAGUCAGCAAGAAGAAUUGAAAGACUUUAAAGCAAAUCUCAACAAGCAAGUGAACUUUUUACGCAUCAAAGUUGCCAAAUUGAAAGGCAGUGGAUCUCUAGCCUUUAAGGACAAGAUUGAGAAAACUACAAAUAAGCAACCAACAAAGUCUUCAUGUGGCAACCAGCCCACAACCAUGACACAUUCCACACUACCACCCAGUCAUGGUCACCGUCAUAGUUCUGCUUCACCUGCACCAGGAGAUUCUAUUUCCACAACCAGGGGCGUGGCUGGUCCUACAUCAUCACAUCCUGGAGCAGAUCCAUCCCAGGAAGUGAAUUCUCAGACAGCACCAGCUUCAAGCAGCACCGUAACAUAA